AUGUGGUUGUCUACUAGAAAGGACCAUCUCGACGAUGGAGCUCCACCGAACAGAUCUCCAUGCGUUUCAUUUGGAGGAUUUUUUAACAACUCGCUAAGAGCCGGAUUCGGAUUACAACUUCUCGCACUUCUUGCUUUAAAUUUUGUAUACUACAGCUACAACGGAAAGGGAGUAUUCAGUUUCGAUGUGUCUGGCGUGCCAGAAGAGACGAGACUCGACCCCUCGUUCAGGUUUUACAUGGCCGCAGGAUCAUUGGUGUAUUUGAUGGGAUCACUCAGCUUGGUCUUCUUCCAGGUUCUUCUCGCCGACGAUACAUGCUGGGCUAGGGGAUAUCGCUCCGGGUCCAAGAUAUUGCGUCUGGCGACAUUUUUGGACACCGUAAGCGCAACUCUCCAGUUUAUCUUCUACCUGUACAUGUCAAAGUUCUACAGCAAGAGGUGGUACAACCACCUUAACGAGGGAGGCAGCGAGCUCGUCUUCUUGGUCUUUACGAGAAACAUACACGCAGCAGCCUGCCUGCUCUACGGUGUGGCCAGUUACCUUUUGGAGGUGUACCACGACGAGGGAGCAGGAGACCUCCACGCAUACCUGAACGGAGUGUUGUUUGUGGCAACGGGAGCAGCAGAAAUGGCAGUCUUGCUCUUCAGAGUAAAUGGAGUGUACACACCCUUCCUGUUAGUGGCACUUGCGGCAGUCACCCUCUGGGCCUUCUACUUUGAGCCUGAAGUCAAUUUCGUGUCCCCGACGCUCAAGGAGACUGAGCUGACGAACGACGUGGAGCAGCAGGUUGAGAAAUUCACAAGGCUGACUCCGACAAGUCAAGUGCCAUACUACUAA